AUGACAGAUCACGUGAUAAGUAACCAGGACAGCGAAAACAACAUGGCAGCCUCCAUCUCUCAAAUAUUUACUGAGUUUUUCUUCUUUUAAAUCAUAAAAAAAAUGACUUCUAUUUCUUAAAGCACGAUGCCAACAUCAUCGUUGGUCAUACAUACACCGCUUCUAUCACUGAAUAGUCACAAACCACCAACCGUACUGAAAUCAGCCGCUUAUUUCGUUCGGUUGGCGUCCGCUCCUUUGUCGUUGUCACUGUCAGGAACUGGUGCCAACGACAUUUACAGUAAUAACGGACACCUGCUACUAAACCCAGAUGAAACUGUGUGUCCUGGAAAACUUCAGACGCUUUCACCGGCUACAAUACAUUCAACUGAGCAAUUGUCAUUAAGCAGAAUUCUUGAAGAUAUCUCUGCUUUAUCCAUCAAUAGAGAAAUUGAAAAUCCUCAAAACAGUGAAAGUGAAAGUCAUCCGUCUAAUGACAAUGGAGUUUUGAAGGAAAAGGCUAAUUUUUCUAAUAAUGCACAGAAAAAGAAAAACUCAAAAAAGAUUAGUAAGGGUAAGAAUUCCAGAAAACGAAAAAGACAAAAAACACCAAUGAAAAGUAAAGCAAGUGCUGUAGAUUUACCAGCUGUAGCAAAAUCAUCUGCAGGACUGACAGCUGCAUACAAAACAUCAAAACUAGAUCUUGGCGGAGCCCAAUGCACAGCUAUCAAAAUACACCAGCCUCAACCUCAACCCCAACCCCGAUACUAUAACCAAGCUCCUGACAAAAUGGUCAAAAAUGGAGAAUAUUUUAAAUCUGUGUACUCAAGUUCACCCUUUGGAACAAAGGCAUGCCAUUCGGCAUCUUUAUCUUUAACUACUCAGUCCCACAGAAAGAGUCGUAGUAACAACAGUGAUUUUGGCCCCAGUGUUCGAUCAGUAUCUCCUAAAGUCUGUUUAUCAAGACGUUCUGUGUCACAAGCUAAUGAUACAUACAUUAAAAGGAUAACUAAGAUUUAUCAAUCACAGUCUCAAUCCGGUACAGUAGAAGUAUGCGGUGUAGAUCUACCUUGUGCCCCUCCAGCCACCCCGACCCCAGAGCAGCUGAAGUAUCAUCAAUACAUUCCUAGUCUUAAUGAUGUCAUGGCCCAAAGAGCAAUAAAAUUACGCCUGGAGAAAAUAGAGAGAAAAGAAUUAAAGAAAAUGGACAAAAGGAAGGAAGAAGAAAUAAAACAAGAGAAAUUACAACAAAAGGAUAAAUUAAUAGAAAAAAGAAGAAAACAGCGAUUAGAGAUAUAUGCCCUGAAUAAGAUAAUGACAGAAUUAGAAAAUAAGAAAUUUCAAGAGUUCUGCCAGAUUAAAGGAAUUUAUUGAUGUAGAAAAGGUGCAAUUAAGAUGUAGGAAGAACAGUUUUUCGAUUUAAUAAUAAUCAUAUACCAGUAUACCUAUGAAUGCAAUUUAUAUUUACUGGUUCUUAUUUAUUACAAAAAAAUUGUGAUAUAUUGUGUAACUUAUAAAAGAAAAUGUGAAGAUAACAGUCCUCUAUUUGACUUCAAGAUGUGUAUAACUAUAACCAUGACAAGCCCUAAUGAUUUCAUCUUUGUGCCCCUGUCCAUUUAAAUUAUCCAGGGAAAUUGUUGAUUUUAUCUGGCACUAUCAAGCUUUCAAAUUUUAAAUAGAAAUUUUUAUUUGGAUUGGGAAAUCUCAGAUUUAAGUUAUUCCAUCAAUGAAAACUAGACUGAUUCUUAAUAGUUAAAUGAAUGCAAAAAAGUAAAACAAAAAUGUCUAAAUUUAACAGUGAUAUUACCCAGUUGAAUUUAUAAUGUUUAGUGGGUAUUUAUUAAGUAAAGAAAAAAUAUGCAAAUAUGAAUGUAAUAUUUGAAAUGGGGUUUUACAUUAACUUUAUAGUGUGAGAAAUAGGUACUUAUAAAAACAAUGAAAAUAUAAAUGUUUUAUUAACCAGUUCAGUAUUGAAUAUUGUCACUAUUUGAUAGUGGAUAACAUUACUUUUAUUACAAUAGUUAUAGGAAAUGUUAUAUGUAGAUAAACUGAAUUUAUCUUCAUUUUCAAAUUUCUACAUGGUUGUUGAAAAAUUGACAUAACCCAGAUUGGACUGUGGCUGUCUUUAAUGCUGGAAGUACAUGAUAAUUCUUUCGGUAACUUUGUUUACAUUUCAUCUAAUGUCCAAUAAGGUUGACUUAAUGCUGAUAUAGAUUAAACUGACCUGUUAUAUAUUAAAAUGUAUCAUUAUAUUUAUAAUUCACCCCAGUAUAUUUAGCAAUAAUUAAAUACAAGCAAUAAUUUCUUGCUAUGCAGUAAAUAUUAUGGUUUGAUCAUCUUGUGAACUAAAACUGAAUCUUUUUCUAUUUUUUCCCCAUUUUCUUUUUUAAGAAAAGUGCAUUAUCAUAGAAAUGUAUAUACACAAAGGGUAAAGUUUGUAGAUAUUUACUGAAACUAUAAAAAUAUAUUUUUGUGUGUAUUAUUAUUUAAAAAGCAUCUAGACCUCUUUGAUUUAGGUAAAUAAUUAUUGUGUCGAUUUAAUCAAAUUUAUUCUAUUCAUUUGCUUUCGAAGUGGGCAUAUGUCUUCAUGUAAAAUUUUAGGUGCACAGAGAGAGCCAAGGCUGAAAUAUAAAUAAAACAAACCUACAUUCACUUAAAAUUCUUAAACAAACCAAAUUCCAAUUCUUAUUUUAAAAUAAAAUUUAUCAUAUGGAUCACUAAUCGAAAUAACACAUUAGAUCAACUAAUUUAUUCAACUCUUUAUUUGUAUGUAAAUCAAAGAGGCUUAGCUCCUUUAAACUCAAUCUCCUCAAACAAGUAUUAUCUUUUUGGUGUGAAUUUGCUCAAUCUGAAAUACUGCUUUUUUAUGCUCAAUUUUGAUAAACAUUUUAACAAAUAUAAACAUUUACAAUAUUUUCUAACAAUUUUGAAAAACCUCUUUUACUAUUUAUUAUGUUAUUAACCCAGUUGUUUUUGUAUUUUAUGUAGAACUUUUUCUUGUAGAAAUAUGUUUUAGAUGUAUUUAUAUCUCUAAUCAUUUAAUACUAUGUAGUGCACUCAUUUUAAAUCGAAUUGUUCAGAACAAAAUUUGUAAGUGAAGCCAUUUAACAAUAUCAAAAUCGAGUUCUCAGAGAAUCCUGCAUAACCUGUUUAUAUUUUUAAAAAAAUAUAUCAAAAUAAAAACAUUCUUGCACGUAAAUGUUUUACCACGGUUACCGGAAAUAAAUAUAUAAAAGAAAUCGAAGGAAUCAAUUGGCUCAUUUAUGAAGUAGGCCUAUACAACUCUGAUAAAUAUUAAUGACGAUCAUAAAGAUACUGGAUAAUCAUACAUUCCAAUAAAGAACAUCAUGAGAUAAAUUUAGCACCUUAAAGUUUGAUGUGUAUGAGAAGUCAUUUAGCCAAACUAAAAACCUCCCUCUGAGAAUGAAAAUGUAUUUAUUUGUAUGACCUUAUCAGGCUUGAAGAACUAAUUACAGUAUAUGUCCAGUAUUGUGUAGUUGUCUCCCUUAUACCAGCAGUAAGGUGGUUGUUGUCACACGUAGCUCAAUAGACGAACAUAUCACUACUAUGUACAUUACAUCAUAUAAUCUUUUUAUCUGUUUCUAUUUAAUAUUCAACAGCAAACAAAUUAUGAAUAACAUAAUUUUAUAGGUUCCUUUUUUCUGCAAUUCCACUUAUAUAAUAUUUCAUUUUAUUCUACAAAUUGUUCAUUUGUAUUUCAUCCAGAUUUUAAAAUCUGAAUGUUAAUAGGGUCCUUCAAAUCAAAUUGGAAUGAAAAUUGCAUUUCUUAGUUACAGGUUUCUGUAAUGUAACAUAGGGUAUGUACUGUUUUAUUUAACUUUACAGCAUCAACAUAUUAUGAUAUAAUAAAACUUUAAAAGUUUUUACUUGUUGAAUAUGGCUAUUCACAAAUAGUCAAUCAUACAGUUCUUUCACUAUUGCAUAAGCAUCCCUCAAAUUUAAAACUUCUGGUCAUUUUGAUUCUAAGAGUAAUGUCAUAUUACCUUAAUAUGUGAAAAUGUUUUUUUUAUACAGAAUUAAGUGGCUGAUUAUGUAAUAUUUGUUAUUUUUUCCUGUAAUUUUGUUUCUUUGUUAUGUUUUUUUUUAUUGUAAAAUAUUUAUUUUUGUUGAUAUACUCAACUAAUAAUGUGCACAGAGUUAUUAGAAUAUGAAAUAAAACAGUGAAUAUAA